AUGGAUGUUGAUAAAGACAUUGAAGUAGAUGUCAAAUUAUUUUUGGCUAAUUCUUUGCAGACGUUAAUAUUUCAAGAUGGAAAUUUGUCGUCUGGUUCUUUAGAUGCAUUAAUACAACAUAUUGUACCAACUUCAGAUUACUACCCUGAUAGAACGUAUAUAUUUGCUUUCUUGUUGAGUUCGCGGUUAUUUAUUCGUCCACAUAAUUUACUUGCUGAAGUCUGUCAGGUCUGUAUAUUUCAACAGAAUCUGGCACAAGACAGAAUAGACAAAGGCUCCCUGGGAAAGUUCGGACCACAUAUCGUUAAUUUAUUAAGUGAGUGGACAGAAUUAUUCCCCUAUGAUUUCCGAGAUGAAAGAAUGAAAACACAUCUGAAAGAUAUAACACAACGUAUUCUCAACAUCUAUCCUGAAUUAAGGAAAGAAGUGAGCACAGUCAUGCACAACUUACUGGCCAGAUUAUCAAAAUAUGAAGAAAUGUUGAGUAAAUUAAAUUCAGAAGCUCUGCAAAGUGCUCAAGCUCAACUUGUCCCUACUACUGAUAUAAUUGAAGUUUGUCCAUCACCUCUAGUCUUAGCCCAACAACUUACUCACAUAGAACUGGAACGACUAAGUAUGAUUGGCCCAGAAGAAUUUGUUCAAGCCUUCUGUAAAGAAGAGCUCACCUCAGAAACUACAUUCCGAGAUAUUAAGAAAACCAGUAAUUUGGAAUCUUAUGUUCAGUGGUUUAACCGACUGAGUUACCUCGUAGCCACAGAAAUUACCUCACAUUUAAAGAAAAAGAACCGAGUUAAAAUGAUAGAGUAUUUUAUUGAUGUGGCUAAAGAAUGUAUAAAUAUUGGAAAUUUCAACUCUUUAAUGGCUAUUAUAGCUGGUAUGAAUCUCAGUCCAGUCACAAGAUUAAAGAAAACUUGGGCCAAAGUUCACAAAGAUAAAUUUGAUAUUCUAGAGCAUCAAAUGAAUCCAUGGAAUAAUUUUGGAUGUUACCGAUCCUGUUUAAAAGCUGCUAUGUGGAGGUCACAAGGGGCUGUUGAAGAUCGAGAAAAGAUUGUGGUGCCAUUCUUCAGUUUGUUUGUUAAAGAUUUGUAUUUCCUCAAUGAAGGAUGUUCCAAUAAAAUAGAUGGCGGUCAUAUCAAUUUUGAGAAAUUCUGGCAAUUAGCCAAACAGAUCUCUGAAUUUAUCGCUUGGCAACAAGUUGAGUGUCCAUUUAAGAAAGAAAAUAAAACAUUACAUUAUGUAUUAACAUCACCAGUGUUCUCAGAAACCACACUGUCUUUAGCAUCAUUUGAAUGUGAACCACCAGAAAACAGUUUUGAUAAAGAACGACACAAGACACUCAAAUCGGAAGCUGGUUUAUGACUAUCUACAGAUCCAUGUUAUUUUUGGUGCUCAAGACUUAUAAAUACUGUAGGUAAAUCAGUAAGACCAUAGUGACUUUAAUAACUCAAUGGUUAUUCUUGCCUAAUAGUGCUUUAAAUUACAUGUGACAUGAAAAUAGUCAAUAAUGAUAUCAGAUGAAAGAGCUUUCUGAUCAUGGACACUUCAGCACCAUUUAUCAAGUGAGAAGAAAGAAAGUUUAGAAGAAAGAAAGGGAAUGAAUUUAAGCAGAACGAAGUAGUAAAUGGGAUAGGAAUGAAUUUGCUUGAUAAGAACCGUUUGCAGUCAGGAAUCAUGAAAGUACUGAAUCACAUACCCUCACUUCAAAGCUCAAAAUGUUAACUGACGUUAUAUGUAUGUCUUGCUGAAGCUGAAAAGUGAGCUUAAUUACAAGAGAAUGGAUUAGUAGGUUCUAAUGGUGUUUUAAUACUAAUGUAGUGCUAUAAGUGAAAGUUGCUAAUUGCACUUGCAACAGAUGACAAUAAAAACUUUAUAGUCCUAGCGAUGACUCUAAACUCUAUGCAUUAUAAAGUGCAAAUGUUCAAAUAAAUUGUAAAUAGAAACCCCAAAACUCUACUAAGAUUUUUGUUAGAUUGUUUUUCAUUUUCAUAAUCAUUUGUAUAUUUAUUCAUUUAAUUCAUGGAAUUGUACAUUUACUGAAUUUACUAUUAUAGAAAUAUCAUGGUACAUGAAAAGAAAUGUAUAAAUAAUUGCUGAGAAAUAUUUGUAAAUAUUCCUGCCAAGAAUAUCAUUUCACUUAAAAUUAUUAUUCAUUCAUUUCUUCAUAAAUAGGAUAAAUGUAUACGACAUUUUUUCAUAUUUCCGAAAAAAUAGAAUGCUUUUGUUAAAACUGUUUUGUUAAGAAUUAUAGGAAAAUGGCAUUUCUUUGAAACACUUAGUAAAUCAAGAAAUAUUUUUGUCAACGAUAUUUUUACCAGUAUUAAGAUAUGUGCUAGUCUUUGAAUUUCUAGCAUCAUGGCACAUAUUACAACAUCUAAUAGCACAGAAUCAUUUUCACCUUUAUUUAUAAAUCAUUCCCCAUACCGGUUCUUUAAAGCCUUAGUGAUAAUCCAAAGAAAUGUGCACUUGUUUGAGAAUAUGCACAAUUAUGAAGUUAUUUCUCUCAAUAUACUGUGAAACUUUCCUUGUACUACACAAUAUACUUGCAAUAAAACUGUAACUAUUACUGUUUAAACUAGUGCUGGGUAUUUGAUAUAUCAUGCCAUCACUUGGUAAAAAAUAUAAAACUUAUUGCAUUAUUUUCAUCUGAAUGCAGUGCUUUAACAUUUUUAACCUUUGACACUUUGUUCUAUUUCUCCUUGAAUUGUUUCUCUCUAUCCCAUUAUUUAUUAACAUAUUUAUAUUAUUACAAAAUAUGUAAAUAAAAUAACAUUAGAAAAAUUAAAUAAAACUUUAAAAUUUUUUUUCAG